AUGCUCUCCACCCUGAUCCGCGGCUUCGCCGGGGCAACGGACGGGCGCUUCUACAGGGUAUCGCCAUCCUUUGUCGACUCCGCCCUCCCGCCUGGCGCCUCUGUCAUACCGCGGCCGACGUUUGCGGCUUGGCUCCGCGCUGGGCCGCUCGUCCUCAUCAACACGCCCAACACGAUCUGGGCGCUCAUCGCGGUCUGCAUGUUUGAGUGCGUGCCCUACGACCUGUCUCGCACCGGGCCGGCCGCGUCGGCGCCUCUGAGCGCCGCUUUCUUCGCCGCGCGCCUCCCGCUGUGGCUGGGCGUGUGGCUAGGUUACACGCUCUGGUGGCACGCGACGCUGCACUGGUUUGGCUUCGCCGAGCGGCCCUUUGUCGCGGCGCGCGAGUACCGUCCGGGCAGGGUUGCGCACAACCUCGUCUGGUCGGUCUCUGGCGUCGUCAUCUGGACGGGCUUUGAGAAUGUCUUUGCCUACCUCUGGGCGACGGGGAGGCUGGCGUACGUGGACGAGACCGCCUGGUCGUCGCGGCGCGGCGCGCUGCACUUUUGCGCCGCGCUCCUCCUCGUCCCCCUCUGGCGGGACGUGCACUUCUUCUUUGCGCACCGGAUGCUGCACUUCAACGCCCUGUACGCGCAGGUGCACAGCCUGCACCACCGCAACACGGACGUGGAGCCCUUCUCCGGCCUGUGCAUGCACCCGGUGGAGCACCUCUACUACUUUGCGUGCGCCCUCCCCUCCCUCCUCCUCCUCACUACCCCGUUCGCGCUGCUCUGGAACGGGGUGCACCUCCUGCUCUCGCCGGGCGCGUCCCACUCCGGCUUCGAGGACCACUGGCAGGCAGACGCGUACCACUACUUCCACCACCGCUACGUCUCCUGCAACUACGCCGGCACCGACGCCGGCUUCCUCGACGUCUGGUUCGGCUCUUUCGUGGACACGCUCAAGCCGACGGACCAAAAGGGCUGCAAGCCGCGGCCAGACGCGAAGGCGACGCGCGCACGCACACGCGCGGGGCCGCCGCCCGCCGCGUACCGCGAGACCCGCAGUCCGAUGCGGAUGCGGCUUGGCUCAGCACGCGGGGGCGGGGGGGGAAGGGGCAGCCGGUGCCUUCGACCGGUGCGCGCGGGAGACCCGCACCUCCCCUCCGCCUCAGGCGACGCUGACUCGCCCUCCCAGCCUCGAGUUCGCGGCGUACCUCGCGCUGAGCGCCGGGUGCGUGCUGGCGUGGGCGGUGGCGGCGAGCGACGUCGCAGCGGGCGCGCACGCUGCCGCGCCGCGACUCGCAGCGCAUUUGGCCGUCCUCGCGGGCUUCGGCCCCGUCGCCGCAGCCAGCGCCGUGACCGGCAUCACGCGCUCGGGCGGAGGGGCGCCGAGGGGCGGGCCGCUCAAGACAGGGCUGCUGCUGGCUUGCGGCACGCUCUUUUGCAGCGUGCCGGUGAGCUGGGCGUGCUACCUCGCGCUGCAGCCGCCCGGUGAGGAUGUGUGAAACAACUGUUCAGUUUACAAA